AUGGAUGUUGAUACUGAUGUGCCUAUGCAUGACGCAGUAGAAGAUCAACUGGAUUCAACUUUAGACGAAGAAGCUCCAGGUUUUGAUAACGGAUUGGCGAGUUCGUCUCCAGGUACGUCAGGAAUAGCUGACAAUAAGGCUACGAAACCCGUGGAACUGACUGGGUCUAGUAUCGGUCAAUUGGAUGCAUGGUUAGAAAAGUUGAGUCAAUGUCAAUGUUUGUCGGAGGAAGAUGUUGCCAAGUUGUGUAAGAUGGCGGUUGAUGUGCUUCAAUUUGAGGACAACGUUCAACCUGUGUCCGUCCCCGUGACGAUAUGUGGUGACGUUCAUGGACAAUUCCACGAUUUGAUAGAAUUAUUCAAGAUCGGUGGACCUUGUCCCGAUACAAAUUACUUGUUCAUGGGUGAUUAUGUCGAUAGAGGUUAUUAUUCUGUAGAGACUGUUUCAUAUUUGGUUGCACUAAAAGUCCGUUACCCAAGCAGAAUUACAAUUCUAAGAGGUAAUCAUGAGUCUAGGCAGAUUACACAAGUGUACGGGUUUUAUGAUGAGUGUCUAAGGAAAUACGGUAGCGCUAACGUUUGGAAAAUGUUUACUGAUUUGUUUGAUUAUUUCCCAAUUACCGCACUAGUGGAUAACAAGAUCUUCUGUCUACAUGGUGGCCUUUCACCAAUGAUCGAAACGGUUGAUCAAGUCAGAGAACUAAAUAGAAUACAAGAGGUUCCUCAUGAAGGUCCAAUGUGUGAUCUAUUAUGGUCAGACCCGGAUGAUAGAGGUGGCUGGGGUAUAAGUCCAAGAGGUGCAGGUUUCACGUUUGGUCAAGACAUUAGUGAGCAAUUCAAUCAUACAAACGAUCUCUCAUUGAUUGCGAGAGCACAUCAAUUGGUUAUGGAAGGAUAUGCUUGGUCUCAUCAACAAAGUGUUGUUACCAUAUUCAGCGCUCCAAACUACUGUUAUAGAUGUGGUAAUCAAGCAGCAAUCAUGGAAGUUGACGAUACGAUGAAUAGACAGUUCUUACAGUAUAAUCCAUCCGUAAGACCCGGUGAACCAACCGUAAGUAGAAAGACUCCGGAUUAUUUCUUGUAA